AUGGAUAUGGUGCUGAAAAGGUGCCUUCUCCAUUUGUCUGUGCUGAGUGUUCUGCUGGCUGUGGGGGACACAGAAGGACUCAGAGACCAGGACCGGCUUGGUGUCUCAAGGCAGUUCAAACCUAAAGCCUGGAACAGGCAGCUAUAUCCAGAGUGGACAGAAGUCCAAGGACCUGAUUGCUGGAAAGGUGGCAAAGUGUCCCUGAAGGUUACUAAUGAUGGGCCUACACUGAUUGGUGCAAAUGCUUCCUUCUCUGUUGUCUUGCACUUCCCAGAAAGCCAGAAGGUACUGCCAGAUGGGCAGGUUAUCUGGGCCAACAGCACCAUCAUCAAUGGGAGCCAUGUGUGGGAAGGACAGCCAGUGUAUCCUCAGGAACCAGAUGAUACCUGCAUUUUCCCUGAUGGUGGACCCUGCCCAUCUGGCCCUUGGUCUCAGAGAAGAAGCUUUGUUUAUGUCUGGAAGACCUGGGGCCAAUAUUGGCAAGUUCUGGGGGGCCCAGUGUCCAGGCUGAGCAUUGGGACAGGACAGGCAAUGCUGGGUACACACACCAUGGAAGUGACUGUCUACCACCACCGGGGGCCCCAGAGCUAUGUGCCUCUUGCCCAGACCAGUUCAGCCUUCACCAUUACUGACCAGGUACCUUUCUCCGUGAGUGUGUCCCAGCUGCAGGCCUUGGAUGGAGGGAACAUGCACUUCCUGAGAAAUCAGCCUCUGAUCUUUGCCCUUCAGCUUCAUGAUCCCAGUGGCUAUUUGGCUGGGGCUGACCUCUCCUAUACUUGGGACUUUGGAGACAAAACUGGGACCCUGAUCUCUCGGGAACUUGUGGUCACUCACACUUAUUUGGAAUCAGGCACAGUCACUGCCCAGAUGGUGCUGCAGGCUGCCAUUCCUCUCACUUCCUGUGGUUCCCCCUCAGUUCCAGGCACCACAGAUGGGCACAUGCCAACUUCAGAGGCCCCUGGCACUACAGCUGGGCAAGGGCCUACUGCAGAAGUUGUAGGUACUACACCUGGUCAGAUAUCAACUACAGAGCCCUCCAGAACCACAGCUGUGCAGGUGCCAACCACAGAAGUCAAAAAUACUGUACCUGUACAGGUGCCAACUACAGAGGGCACAGUUACUAUAUCUGAGCUGGUGCCAACCUCAGAGGUCAUAGGUACCACACUUGCAGAGAAGUCAACUGUAGAAGAUACAGGUACAACACCUGCAGAGAUGUCAACUGCAGAGCCCUCUAGAGCCACAGUUGCACAGGUAACCUCAGAAUUGGUGGAUACCACAGCUGGAGAGUUACCUACCCUUGAGCCAGCGGGUCCAGAUUCCAGCCCAUUCAUGCCUACAGAAGGUACUACAGGGUCCCUGAGCCCCCUGCUAGAUGGCACAGACACCUUAACACUGGUGAAGAGACAACUCCCCCUGGAUUGUGUUCUUUAUCGAUAUGGUUCCUUUUCCCUCACCCUGGACAUUGUCCAGAGUAUUGAAAAUGCUGAGAUACUGCAAGCUGUGCCAUCCAGUGAGGGGGAUGCAUUUGAAUUGACUGUGUCCUGCCAAGGCGGGCUGCCUAAGGAAGCCUGUAUGGACAUUUCAUCACCAGGGUGCCAACCCCCUGCCCAGCAUCUGUGCCAACCUGUGCCACCUAGCCCGGCCUGCCAGCUGGUUCUGCACCAGGUACUGAAGGGUGGCUCAGGGACCUACUGCCUCAAUGUGUCUUUGGCUGAUGCCAACAGCCUGGCUGUGGCCAGCACCCAGCUUGUCAUGCCUGAUACUGACGCAAUGACUGGGAUUCUGCUCACAGGUCGAAAAGCAGAAUUUGGGCAGGCUCCCCUGGUUGUGGGCAUCUUACUGGUGUUGAUGUCUGUGGUGCUUGCAUCUUUGAUAUAUAGGCGCAGACUUAGGAAGCAGAGCUCUGCUCUCCCCAUUCCCCAGCUGCCACACAGUGGUACCCACUGGCUGCGUCUGCCCCAGGUCUUCCGCACUUGCCCUGUUGGAGAGAACAGCCCACUCCUCAGUGGGCAGCAGGUCUGAGUACUCUCAUAUGAUGCUGUGAUUUUCCUGGGGUUGGCAGCAAUGCCUGUAUUUUCUGCAGUCUUCCCUUGGAGGCUACCAUUAGCUGAAAUAAAUACUCAGAACCUGCUGUUUUUUUUGUUGUUUUCUUGAAUC